CUCGACUCGGGAGAAGUUUUAUUGUUUCUCUUUCAUCCUCUCUGAAAAGCAUUAAGAUUUAUUUAUACAUUAAAAGUACUUCGCUAUUUGUUCGGAACAAUGUGUUUGCGUUGUAACAAUAACAUUGAAAUAUUUUCGUCUCUGACCCCUUGAAUAAUAUUGAAAUAUGUGACGUGUGUGUCGUAUGUAUGUACUAAGUGAGUGAUAAUGAUAACCUACACGGUCUUUCUGUAGCUACUAGCUAGUAUAUAAACGAUCCAACCCCAGUUCUGAUGAUAUUUUAUGAGAAGUGACGGAGUAUCGGAUAUUGUAACAGGUAUCCGGGUGUGGCCUUAUUGCCAUAUUUUGUAUUUUGUUUGGGCAUGCUAGUAGAAGCGCGGUCAGGUGAUGGCAAAGUUAUAACCGCAUUAUUUUUUCUGUUUCAAUAGAUUGUGACUUUGAUUGGUGAUGAUAGUAAUUCCUAAGUGACAUAACUGUACGGCGGUGACCUCUCGGUAGUAAAUCGGGAUAUAAAAUCUAGAUUUCGGUAUAGUGAUAUGUGGUAUUACCAGUGGUGUACACUGUGGUGACAGUAAUUGAUUAAUCUUCGAAGUUCUAAUGACAGUAAACCGCAAGCGAUUGCGCCGUUUAGUUACACCCAUUCGCAACUGGAAGGUAUAAGGGGGAGGGUAGUGUGUGUAAUGUGUUGUGAAAUUGUGGUAGUGACAGUGAGGUGGUGGUGAGGUGGUAACAGUCAGUGAUGCUCGUGAUGCUGAGGCAUGGUGGACGCGGCUGCCGAGCGGGCCGAAGCCGCGGGUCAUGCAGCUACCUCCAGUUUCACCAAGGAGGUGGCGCACGCUUGGGAGUGCCGAAUCGGCCCGCCCGACGAGCCGGCGCCCGCCCAUCGAGUGCAGGGCCUCUUCAACGAUAUCGAGCUAUAUCCAACUAAAACGCAGGUUUUUGAAAUGCUGGUAUGCGCUCGGCAGUGCGCGCGGCGAAAAUCUCUCAUCCUCACAUUUGGAGAGUUCUGCGUUUUUGCGGCGGAACUGCGACGGUGCUCAAGACAGACGAGACAAACACCAAAUAAGCCGGAGUCACCUGUGUGGAGCAUAGAAAAGGAAUUUCGGGAUAAGGAGUCCAUUUGUAAACAUGUUAACGGCAGCGAGGCGUCGCCACCUCCUUGCGAAGUGUUUCUGGGCGGAUCGUGCAACCCUACUACGUGGAGAUCUGACAUCGCUAUACCUAUGCUUGAAAAGAUGGGCAUCACAUAUUUCAAUCCUCAAGUAGACGACUGGUCGACGGAGUUGAUAGAGGUAGAGCAUCGGGCAAAGGCUGAAGCGCGGGCGUUGCUAUUCGUGUUGGACAGCGAGACGCGAGCGGUUGCCGCUAGCGUGGAAGCGGCACAUCUCGCCGCCGCGCCUAGAGACCUCCUGCUGGUGCUGCGACCCUACUCACGCCAUCAGACCAUUGGAUCCGAGACCAUCUCAGACCAGGAAUACAUUGAGCUAUCGCGAGCGCGUGCUACUUUACAAGAAGCGGUAGAGAGACGGGGGUUGCCCGCAUUUACAGAUAUCCCCACGGCGUUACGAUGCGCACGCACUGUUCUUCGGGGCGCGCGAACGCACCCGCGUCACCCCUUGGGUCACACAAUCCUACGGUUAAAACGCGCGUACGAUGCGGCAGGCGGCAGAAACGCGCGUUUGACACGCGCAAGAGCCGUCGAAGCACUUAAGGAUGCGACGCGGGUACCGCGCGAUCUUGCAGAACGUUGUUUACCACCGAAUGCGGAUACCAUCGACUUUGAAACGUUCUGUCGUGUCGCCGAGCUUGCUGCGGAUGCAGGGCAAUCACCGCGCACUCCAUCAGGGUCGAGUGUGGCGGCACGCGUUCGUCGCGCGUUUCGCUCGCUCCGUGAUUUGCUCACCUCGUCUACCUUGUCCCCCGAAUACCAGAACCGCAAUGGGACGGAAUCUGAAAAUAAGGAGUGCGUAGCGGCGAGCGUGGCGGAACGUGUAUCUAGCUCACCGCGUGAGCACAACUGCUUGCGAGUGCACAACCCUAGGCUAAGGGCGUACGGACAGAAACUCUCCUUGAAGAUACCGAAGAAUGGUGGUAAUAGAAGUGCAGUGGAAGAGGGCACGGCGUCAGGAGGUAGCAGUGGAGAUUCAGUUUUCACGCCGGGCACUGAGCGACGGUUAGAGAGGCUACCCGCCAUGUUGGGUGCGCCUGUUCACGACGUUUACCUCGGCGGAGCAUUCCCCUCAAACAGCAGGCGACCCGAGGAGAUUCUCAGACGGGAGGGCUACACGUACGUGAUACCGCGCGCAAACGACUACACGCGCAUGUUUUCCGCGCCCGCCCGCCGCACGGCACCUGCGCCCGAGUCGCCGUGCCGAGACAAGAAACCCAGGCCCGAUACCCACACGCCUUCACCCCCAUCGUCACCACUGAACGACGUGGAGCUGAGACAGAGGGCACCGGACUCCGAUCGGCCCGUGGACAGGCUUAGCGCUUCGGACUAUUAUACUGUUUCGGAGGACGUCACGCCGCAGCCCUUCAAAGGCACGUACGACGAGGAGCAAUUGCUGGGAUCACGCGUGCUGGUGUUCGCACUAAGUGCAGAGGCGCCGAGCUUUUCGGCAAUGGUGCUGGCGGCACAUUACAUGGGACUGCGCGCGCAGCACACGGUGCUAAUCGUGCAACCCAUGGACCCCGCUAAGGCGCAUCCGUACAGCGAAGCAGCGGUACGAGAUUACAACCGCGGGCGUCACUACUUAACGGACCUAGCCCGGCGCGCCGGAGUGCCCGUCUUCGACUCAGUGGACGACGCCAUGGCGUGCGUAGUCGCCCGUCUGCGGCCUACGUAGCGUACACACAUUGCACACACACAUAGUGCUUUUGGGUUGAAGUCGCACACACACAAGAAUAAGUACUUUAACCAUGUAUUCACUAGUCGGCAUUUAUUACAAGUUAGUUUAGUUGGAUAGGACCAACCUUUACAAUACGCGUCAUCCGAGUUGACCGGGUAAGUAAUUAGUGGCUGAAAAACUAGUUUUUGGGAAUUCUAUAUUCUGAGGUGAGAUUUGUAAAUGAUACUUGCGCGAAUGUCUCGAUAGAGCCAACUUUAUCUCGGUCAAGUUAGACUGAGCGAAGUGUAUGACGGAACAAGGAACAAAAAUUUAUUGAUUUAAACCGCAGGAAGAAGACAAUAGCUGAAAAGGUAUCAAUUGAAAACACAAACAUAAUUUGUGUCCCUCUCCUAUCGUAAAUCAGCAAAUCCUCAGGAGAAGUAAGAGUUAUUGUCAAGGUCAUCACAUCGUUUCACUAUAUCGUUUACUGGAUAUAGGUUUUUAUGGGGAUUUACAUUUUGCACGGUCUUGUGCCGCUUGUAUUCAGCGGUUCUCUACGACUAGUUUGAACUCUGUCCACCUAGUGAGGGGUUUGUUAACUUUGCCGAUAACUCUGGUUCUUUAAAGGAUCUUCCCAUUCCUGUUUUCAUGAAAUAAAGAUUUUCUCCAUGGUAUGCAAGCAUGUUCAGCCAUUAGUCAUUCCACGCAAUGUUCUUUGUUUGGUCUAAAAAUAUAGACGAGAAGACGUUCCGAAACAUCCCGAACGCUGCACUCCAGAGUUGGAUUCGGUUCAACCUCUUUCUCGGAAUAGGACUAAUCUAUCGUGUGGCCUAGAUAUAUACUCGUUUACAAUUUCAAGGCCUGGGGUAUUUAAGAGUGUCAUAUAUUUACUUGAAAGUGGAGACAGUAGAUCCGGAUAACGGCCUUGAAAAACUGCCUUACAUUGUCAUGGCCACAAUUCUCUAUGGCAUUCAAAUCGUAGUGCAUUUUUAUACUUAAUAUCGACUAACUCAGGAACUAACUCAACGUAAACCCUGCUUAAUGUUUAGUAUUUGAUAACCAUCUUAUGGUGUUCAUCAAACCACUGUUUAAUUUACGCCUGAAUGUACGCCAUUAUGAAUAUUUACAAUGAUAAAAACACUGUUUUAUCAAAUUAUCCGAUUUUUAUUUUUUUGUAAUAAAUGUUAACUAGUGGGUUACGAAGCUCUAAAGUGUACACAAUCUCAUCACAUCACACUCUAUUUAAUUCCUAGCGACAUAGUUUAAGUUAAUAUAAAUCCACAGUUACUGAUCGCGCGAUCCUUCUAGUACUAACUACACAUGAGCUGGAUUACAUUCGCGGAACCUAAUAAAUCAUUGUACUAUAAAAGGUCUUACAAUAGCGCAGAUUAUAUUGAAAACAAAUCUUUUUAAUAAACUUAAUUGUCUGGUUUAACGUAGUGUUGUUCUUGGCACUAUGUUUGCCUAGGAAAAGGAUGGCAUAUUUUAGGCAUUUUAGUUUGUUUAGAGGUUUGUGUUCAACAGAAUUUGCACCAUGAACGCAUCUAUUAUCGUCGUUACUAUGCGAAAUCUUUUAAAAAAUGUGGGACUAAUGUGAUAUUUGAACACUUUUCCUAAUCUACGUUAUGAGUUUUGACUUUUCUGAAUUUCAUCGUUCAAAGGCGCGAAAGAAUUCAUACUAAAGAUGAUGACAUUUUGUGAAAGAUGGCAUUAGUAACUAAAUGAAUAGCACUAAUUCUGUUUUACACAAUUCUCGAAACUGAAUUUACAGGUUUAAAAAUAUUGCUACCCUUUAUUUUUGCAUUACAUUAGGUUAGGUUUAGUUUAGAGAUUUGAACAACAACAGAAUCGGCAUCUUUAAAGGAUUUCAUUUAGUAACGGUGUGAAAAUUCAAGAAUCGAUAAAUUUAAUAUUAUGAUGCCUAAAAACGUAAUAAAGGAAUUAGCGCUCGCUUCUUCCAUAUACCUUAUGAACUAAAAUAUAACUCAAUUAAACAACUUUUUUAAAUGUUAAAUAUUGUCAGUCAACAUGCAGAACGUUUAAGAAGUUUGCGAGACCUUGAGUAAAUUAAAACAACGCUUAAAAGGGAAAUUCGAUGUCACACAAGGAGGCAAAAAAAGUCUGCUUUGAAUUCCGACUCAUCCUAGUCUUUUCUUAAUAAAAGUACAAACCCAAAAGAUAAAUAAUUCGUCGGCAGUGUACCAAUAAAGUAAUACCUAGAGAAGAUAGGUAGUAAUUUGUAUUGAGCUUUAUUUGCAAGAGCAUUUUGGAGUUUGGCUUGCUUUUGCAUUUUUAGCUCUGGCUCUAGGUACAACAAUCGGCGACUUUUUGGGAAAACCCAUAGGUACAUUUCCAAGAUAUUCUGGCCUUUUUUUAUCGAAAACUAUUGUUAGACUGCAAUGCAACCAGAAAUGUAGGUACCUAAACGAUUAGUUGCAUUGGAGUUAUUUGAUUUGUUCAGUGAUUGUUGUGAGAAGAGCAUUAGCAGUGAAUUUCUCACCUAUAAACAAACUAAUAUAGGAAAAUGUGAAUCUCAUGAUGCGACCUUCUCAGAUUCCUCAUACGUAAUUCCAUAGUAAUAUCAGAAGCUACGUAUAAAGACGUAAUAAAGACAUCACAAUGUAUCCGCUAUAGGGGUAUGCCAAAAUCUGGUAAAAAGGUGACUUGAUUAUCGUUUAGAUCCUUGAAGAGUUUUCAUACAAAAUUCCAGUUAAAUAAAAAACAUGUAAGAGGGAAUCAUGAGGCAACUUUGGUUACAUAAACUUAAAUAGCAAAACCUUUAAUUUUAGAUUCAGUCAUAAGUAGUUAGUGGGAUGUUUGGAUGCUCGCAAUCUUCGACUCGUCUUCGUCCAGUAUUACAACACUUUUACAUCAAAGUAAAUUGGAACCAAUGACCAACGUUUUAAAGUUUUGCCCGUUAAGAAUUGUUGCGUAACAUAAGCUUUAAAACAAGGUUAAUAAGGUUUUUUUUACUCUGUUUUUUUCGAUACUCGAUAGAAAAUGGCGAGCGUUUGUCGAUAAUCAACACACAACCCUUAUAGUACUGGAGUAAAACUUGGGUAUCUACGCUUUAAGCAAGUCGUCUCACAUCGUCGCCGGAAAAGGCGUGUAAGUUAUCGCGACAAGGAGUCUCAUAUACGUGUACUUAUUUGUUACAAUUUAAUUAUUUCAACACUUAGUGUAGUAGAAACAAGUCUCUCUUUCUUUGUCACUCUCUAAUGUAUUAUAUAUUAUGAAAGCGUAGCCGCUAAUUAGAAUGAGAAUUGAAUUGUCCCAGUAGCGCAUAAAGUAGUAUUGACUGUAUGUUUAUUAUACAACGCAAAAGAAUAUACAGAACUCUUACAUAACGUGACACGAACUCUUCGGCAUCUUGUGUUUCUGGCCACGUAAAACUAGAGAACCUUCAAGGCUAGAGUGAUAAGUAAUUUUCUAGGCAAGUUCGCUUCAAACUAAGCCCCAAAUCCCAAAACCAUGCUUGCUUUCUAUCAGGCAUGAUGCGCAAGGCUAUCUGAUAAUUUAAAAAAAAAAAACGCAUACGAAAUGUCCGUGAUUACCUAGUCAACAGACACUUUCGAUUUUGAAUUCCCAUUUCGUUCAAAAUAUGGUAAAGAGUGUUUUGCGAUUUUUAUGUUAUAGAGAAUUAACGCCUCGUUGCACUCAAUAUGGUUCCUAUUUCGAUGCAUAGGUUGCUCCUAAUUAAAAUAUGUAACGCUCUUAAUACAUGCCGUAGGACUUUUAUUGCCAAUCGAUUUGCAAGGUGACAAACUAUACGAUGCAAUUUUGAAACGAACAAAAAUAAUAAUCAUUAGUUCGUCGCAGUUUUGUUACUGUGUUUUUUCAUACUAUGUUUUUUUAUAAAUAAUUUAUCAAAAAAAAUAAUUUUAGGAACAGUGUAUAAUAUUUUACUUACCGAAAAAAAUAAGCAAGAAGCAAUUUUAAUUAUUUAUUUUUUAGCUAUGGCUGUUGGAAUAAUGUAUGGAUGUAUUCAAAUGGACAUUACUACUACAAUUAUGGCUACUGUGAUGAUUCACACAAUGCGAUUCGACUUAGUAUGAAAGGACAGAAUGAAAGGUGAUGGUAAUGCUAAGCGCAAAUCUUUGCGGGCAGCACCGUAAUUAAUGUUUUUUCAUACAUUUUGUAUGUACUAUUAUAAUUAUUGUUAUCCUUGUCUACUCCGCUAUGUUAGUAAUAGUGGAGAAGAAAAAGAUAGUAAUAAUUAUUAUUACUCUACGAUCAUUAUAAUGAUGCUACAUCCAUGUAUGAUGCAGUCAUAAAAUGUAUGGAACGUGAAAUAAUGCAUUAUGGUGCAAUCCGUUUAAGUGUGUGCGAGCCCUUAUAUGAGUUCAACAAAUCUCUGUGAUGAAUCCGUUUAGUAAAUUUUCAAUGCAUAAGUAGGUAGAUUUUAGCAUAAAAUAAUAUAGGAUUAAUUUAAUUACGCAGGCAGAGAAUUUGAAAUCGCAUGUUAACAAGUUUUAAUGAAUCUUAAUAUGACAAAUGCCACGUGUCAAUACACAACGUCGAGCGUGGAAUGGGAGCUAUCAAAAACAGAUAUGGAUUGGUGGGUCUUUAAGACACUAAGGGCUGCCAUUCAAGGCAUACAGAUAUAAAUAAUCUAUUUUAUCCAAAAUCUUUAGAUCGUAUAAAAUCAGAUGAGCUAUCCUUGUCAAUAGGGUAUAGAAAAAUAUAGCACUAGUCAAUGUAUAUGAAGAUUAGAAUCAGAUUGUUUAAUUAUCAAUUUCUGACCUAAGGGCAAGUGUUCAUGUAACUGACAUCACAACCGCGUUAGCGUAUAUCUGUAGUUUUAUAUGGAGAACCAAACGUCAAAAUUUAACAGCUAUACGUUAUAGCGACCAUUAGUUGUAAGUAUGGAGGGUAGAGGUAAGGAGAGUCAUUUUAUAUGGGAGAAAAGUUAAAAAAGUGUCCAGUUGUUGCGCUAAAUAACAGUUCAAAAAUCCUCCACAAUGGCGCUGGUGGAUA